CGUGUAUGUUAACGUGCUAGGAUAGGAAAGAUGGCGGCCAGUGCGUUACGUCGUGGCUUGUUGAGCAGUGUCAGUAAAUACAACAAGAAACACGCUCACAGGAUACUGAGUGUCGCGGACACCAGCUGCGGCUUCGAGGCGUACAGGCCGCGGCUGCAGUGCCGAGCCUGCGGCCUGCCUGGCGCUGCCCAGCAGAGGAGGUUUAUGUCGUCACGGAACAGGCCUGAGGGGAAGAUUUUGGAAACUGUGGGAGUGUUUGAGGCUGUGAAGCAGCACGGCAAAUAUGAAACGGGACAGCUGUUUCUCCACAGUGUGUUUGGCUACAGAGGCAUCGUCUUGUUUCCAUGGCAUGCCCGCCUCUAUGACCGAGACAUCACGCCUCCCAUGUCUGACAGCAAACCUGAGCCCCCAGGGGCCCACGGCUCCAAGGAGGUGAAGGGGAAGACUCACACCUACUACCAAGUCCUCAUUGACACCAGGGACUGCCCCCACAUAUCUCAGAGGUCCCAGACGGAGGCAGUGACGUUUCUGGCCAACCACGAUGACAGCAGGGCUCUAUACGCCAUCCCAGGUCUGGACUAUGUGAGCCAUGAAGAUAUCCUGCCUUAUAACUCCACAGAGCAGGUCCCCAUCCAACAUGAGCUGUUUGAGCGCUUCCUCAUGUACAAUCCUUCAAAAUCUCCUCCAUUCACAGCCAGAGACACCCUGAAGGCAUGGCAGGAGAAGAACCACCCCUGGCUGGAACUCUCAGACGUCCACAGAGAGACAACGGAGAACAUCAGAGUCACAGUCAUCCCCUUCUACAUGGGAAUGAGGGAGGCCCAGAACUCCCAUGUUUAUUGGUGGCGGUACUGUAUCCGUCUAGAGAACUUGGGCAACGAGGUGGUUCAGCUGAGGGAGAGACACUGGAGGAUCUUUAGCCUGUCAGGAACUCUCGAGACGGUUCGAGGACGAGGUGUCGUAGGCAGGGAGCCAGUGUUAUCUAAAGAACAGCCGGCCUUCCAGUACAGCAGCCAUGUGUCUCUACAAGCCCCGAGUGGUCAUAUGUGGGGUACGUUUCGUAUUGAAAGAACUGAUGGUUCCCACUUUGAUGUCCGCAUUCCCCCCUUCUCCCUGGAGAGCAACAAAGAUGACAAAGCUCCCCCUGCUGGCUACACAUUUUAAGUGUGCGCUCCCCCAAGUGAGGCCCUGGAUGCAGUCAGUCCUGGUGGUGUCAUUAUUUAGAGUUGUCCCUCCCCUGUAACAUUGCUUCAGCCUUCAGCCUGAGUCUAGCAUCAGGGAGGUUAAGCAAAGGGAAAAUUUAGCAGUUUCUAGAUGAUCUAAAUGCAGGUCCACUCUGGCCAUUUUCUGUCAGAGCACCGCCAGCAGCAGUAAGUCGGUCAUUAAAUUCAUGUAGGGUAGAAAAUCAAUCUGCAAGCCUGUGCAUUAGAAAAGACUUGCACAGUGAAGUGGAAGAGAGCUGGGAGGUUGGAAGGGGAAAUAUCCUGCCAGGCUGGGCUGGUUCUGACAUGCAAUAGCUGAAAUAUUAUUUUUGCAGAGGGAGUUUUCUAACAUGAUGCAGUACUUUUGUCCUGGACCCUUUUUCCCCUAUCAUUUUUCUCCAGCAGUUAGGAGAGGGAGAACGUGUAAUAUUUUAGGCCUGUUAGUGUACAAGUAUGAUUUGCUGUGUCACAACAAUGAAGCAAAGUGGCAGUCACUUAUGA